AUGGCAGAAGAAGAUGACAACGAGUCAGUCAGUAGAUCCAACCUUCCGCCUGCUCGUGACACGCCGGAUCAUUGGGCAGAGAACGCGCCCGCAAAGAUUCUCGAUCUCAAUGGAAAGCCGAUGAAGAAAUUGUCGGAUGUCCAGUGGUACUUGGAACAGGAGACGAGGGCCAAUGAGCAAGGUCUCUACGACUACACGGAGGUGAACCUCGCAAAGUGCAAGUUGCAAGGUGAUGCUGCUCGGGAAGUGGCCAGAUUCUGCCACAAGUGCCCGUGGCUAAAGAUCCUGAAGCUACAUCACAACUGCAUAGACGACGAUGUGGUCGAGGACGACUUGAUGCACAUUUUCAAGCACUGUCAUCUCCUGGAAGAAGUCCAUCUCAGCCACAAUUGGCUGACUGAGAAGAGUUGUGUCCUUAUGGUGGAACAUGCAGGUAAGCAUUUACCAAAGGAAUGCACGCGCCCGCUCUGGUUGCGCAUGGAGCAUAACUGCUACAAAGAUCAUGCAGACAUUAUGCAUCGCUGCAAGCAAUCGUGGUGUGAGGCGUCCGUGUGCUUUCGAGAAGAUGACGAAAAUGGAAGGAAAUGUACCAAUCGUUGGUGCAAGAACAACGCGCGCAUUCAUUUGCCCUUCAUGUUAGAUGACGGUAAGGACCGAUGGAAGCAGAAUGGCAAGUCCUGGAGUCCUUGGCGCAACGGAGGCUAUGGUUAUCGGUACAAGGAUGACCAUGGUGACUAUGGCAACCGCGGCUACAACGGCUACAAUGGUGGCUCCUACGGCAACAAUGGCUAUGGCGGUAAAGGUCGUGACAGCAAUGGCUAUGAUAACAGAGGCUACUACCAGAAGUCCACUACAUAUGGCGGGUACGGCAAUCAUGAUGCCAUGGAGUCUUGGCAGGGUAACACGCACCAUCGUGCAAAUGGGUAUGGGUAUGGCCGCAGCCACAAUGACAGAACACGCGGGUUCGAGGACAGUGGCCGUGAGGGAAGAUGGCGUGACUCGCGCAGUCGUAGUCGGACACCUCCGACCAGGGGAGUUCGUCUGAGAGAACGAUUUUCCCCUCCAAGAGCUCGUGCUCCAGCCAUGCGCGUUCCAAGCCCACCACAGCGCCUGAGACGUCAGGCCGCCCCAGCCCGGCGAACAGUGCAGGCCUUGCCGCGCAAAGCUCCAACACCGCCCAGGCCCAGAAGGCAGCCACGUCAACCAAUCCGCCGUCCCAUCACCCCUGACCCUGUGCCAAACUACCAGCGCAACAGGCAGGCUCCUCAGCCUCCUCUGCCGCGGAAUCUUGGCAACCUUGCACAGGUUCGGCGGCCCCCCUCUCCACCAGCACGUCAUCCGAAGCCUACCCUCCAAAAGCAGCCCGAAGCAGAGCUAUCUUCCAGCUAUGAGUACUACAGCGACGACGAUGAGUACAGCUAUGAUGACGACGAUGAUGGGCCCGCCCCACAGGGACAGACCCGCGACGUAAAAAGCGUGGUGGUCCCUCUGUCCAAGGGCUUCCCAAAGGGCUCCGUGGGCCAGGUCCUUCCGGUCCAGAAGCACCAGUUCCAAUCCAAAGGUGCAUAUGCGCAGAGAAGGGAGCCACUCGCAAAAGGUCGACCUUUCCAACAGAAUCGGCGGCGGUAG